CUUGUUGAACCUGAAUGAAGCAUCUUUAAACCCUGUAACCAGGUCCAACAUUGAACCUUUCAGUUUCAGCUCAAAACUCUGCGUUUCACCGAAGCCCGGUGAAGAAAGUUUCAGGCUUUGAAUGCCCGCACCCUAAUCGAGUUCUUUGGCUACGGUUACCAUAUUUUGAGGACUGACAGGAAAUCAAACCAGUGAGGCAUCAAUGCUGUUGUUUGAUUGGUUUGACCAUGGGUUAUCCAACGGUCUUUGGCUUAUAGUUUGGCUCUUAUAACAUCAGUAUUAUGUGAAAUUAUAUAGCACGGGAAGAUCCAUUGCUGUUGUUAUUCUUAAGAAGUGAGAAAAAAGGUGACUGUGUAUCUGAAUCCAAAUCUGAAUGGGUUAUCUUCAAUUUGGCAGACAUGGUGUUAGGCAGAUCGUUAGAUCUAGAGAUAUCAGUUAUGAUAAUGUUGUGGUAAACCCACUCCUGUUUGCUUCACAAGGGCUUCGUUACAAGAGGAAGCUCCAAGUCAUCCUUACAACUGACAUAGAUAAGCUGGGAAAGGCAGGUGAUACUGUCAAGGUUGCCCCUGGAUAUUUUCGCAACCACCUAAUGCCCAAGCUCCUUGCGUUCCCUAACAUCGAUAAGUUUGCUUAUCUUCUCAACGAGCAGCGCAAGAUCUAUCAACCAACUGAGGAAGAAAAACAAGAAGAUCUCACUGUAGUUAAAGAGUCAAAGGAAGAUAUGAUGAAAGAGUAUGAAAGAGCUGCACUACGUCUUGAUAAAGCUAAGCUGGUCUUGCGAAGGUUAAUUGAUGUUCAAAAGGCCAAGUCACGUGAAUCCAAAGCUGACCCCUUGGAGUUACGUUUUCCUGUGACAAAAGACAAUCUUGUGGCUGAGGUGGCGAGACAACUUUGCGUGAACAUUGCACCUGAUAACCUGCAUCUUCCAUCACCUUUAUCGACAUUGGGAGAAUAUGAGGUGCCACUACGAUUACCAAAAUCCAUCCCCCUGCCAGAGGGCAAGGUUAACUGGAGUUUGAAAGUUAAAGUCAGGAGUAAAUAAAUCACUGUCUUGUGGAAUUCCAGUUCACAGGGGAUGGAAUUAUUGUUUUCUGCUCGGAUAAUCAUCAAAUUGAACCCGGGGGUUAGAAGAUCUUGACAUGUUUUUAUUUAUUGAAAACAGAAACGGUUGACACAUUUAACAAUGUCUUUUCAAUAUUCUGUUGUAUCCCUGAGUGAAAUCUCGUGUUCUUUGACAUUCCUUUACAUAAAGUUGUCUCGUUGUCAAAUCUUUUAUCCGAAUUGCAAUUGAUUUUUUGUUUAUCCAUCA